GGAGAAGACAUUGGUUUCUGGUAGCCCUAAUGAUCAAUCUGAGGAUGGUAAUAGUGUUGAUAAUCAAACCAUUAACAAGAUGAAACUGGCUCACAUUGAGAAAAGGCCUCCAAGGGUCCUCGGCCACCUCCUAAACCAUCUGGUGGUGCUCCUGUCAGUACAAUUUCAAAUCCUUCCAAUGGUGUACCACCUGCUCCACCUAUUCCACCUCCACCUCCAGGUGUUCCGCCUCCCUCCUCCCCCAGGAAGCCUUAGAGGGGCAAUGGGUAAUGAUAAAGUUCACAGGGCUCCUGAGCUUGUUGAGUUUUAUCAAACAUUGAUGAAGCGGGAGGCCAAGAAGGAUACUUCAUCAUUAAUUUCUUCAACAACUAAUGCAUCUGAUGCUAGGAGCAACAUGAUUGGCGAAAUUGAGAAUAGAUCGUCAUUCCUCUUGGCUGUGAAAGCUGAUGUGGAAACGCAAGGUGAUUUUGUCAUGUCCCUGGCAACUGAAGUUCGGACAGCCUCCUUCUCAGACAUUGAUGAUUUAGUGGCCUUUGUCAACUGGCUGGAUGAGGAACUUUCCUUUCUGGUUGAUGAGCGAGCUGUCCUCAAGCACUUUGAUUGGCCUGAAGGGAAAGCAGAUGCUCUGAGGGAGGCAGCAUUUGAAUAUCAGGAUCUGAUAAAAUUGGAGAAACAAGUCUCCUCCUUCAACGAUGAUCCCAAUCUUCCAUGCGAUGCUGCUUUGAAGAAAAUGUACUCAUUGCUUGAAAGAGUGGAGCAGAGUGUAUAUGCACUCUUACGUACAAGAGAUAUGGCUAUUUCACGAUACAAGGAAUUUGGAAUCCCAGUAAACUGGUUGUUAGAUUCCGGAGUUGUUGGCAAGAUCAAGCUUUCUUCUGUGCAACUGGCCAAAAAGUAUAUGAAACGUGUUGCGUCUGAACUUGAUGCCUUAUCGGGACCAGAAAAGGAACCCAUGAGAGAAUUUCUGGUUCUGCAAGUGUCCGUCCGCUUCGCUUUCCGUGUUCAUCAGUUUGCGGGAGGCUUUGAUGCAGAGAGCAUGAAGGCUUUUGAAGAACUUAGAAGCCACAUCCAUUCUCAAGCUGGUGAAGAUAAAAUACCAGAAGCAGAAGCGGCAUAAUCACCAUUUUUCUUCUUUCUGAUAUAUGUUGAUCUUUCAGAUGUAUAUUUCAUUUUGCUUUUGUAUUAUUUGCUUAGCCUAUACAUACUGGCUCCUCUACAAUAAUACAAUUAUAAAUGUCUUUCCAGGUCAAGAAAAUAGAAUAAAAUAGUAGAAUCAUACUGUACUUGUAACUACGAGAUGAUCAAUUGCCUAGUAAGUGCUUGCUUGAUUUUCAGUGGAGCAA